UCUGUACCUAUCUGUCGAGCUCGAGGAAGGUCGUAAGGUAGAGAGGAGCGUGGUCGAUCGUCGAAAAUCACGCGGUUCUGUCGGUCGGGUUUUCUUUCUGCCUCCGCGAGUCUCCACUGGCGCUCUCGGAUGCAUUUCAGUGUGUCACUAGGCAUUACACUAUUCAGGCAGUAAGGUGUCGAGCGUUUCGAGUAAAAAAAUUCUCCCUUCGCGUAAUUAUUUGAAGCGAAUUUCGAUCUAGUGUGAUUCCAGAGUUCGCGCUGGGAAUCUAAAUAGUAGAUUGGUUGACACCUCGUCAUCGUCUCAUCGUCGUCUUCGUUGAUUAUCGCGUUACCAUGAAAAAUUUCGACUACCCGAGGCCUUAAUAUUAAAAAUAAAUGUGAUCGAAAAAACGCACUUGGGACGAAAACGUAUCCGUCGUUUGUUUAAAGAUAGUUACCUAUUCGUAUCUUUUAGCUUCGAUUUACUUACCGGUUCGUGGUGUGUUUUUUCAUUUCUCAUUUCUCGAAUUUAUUAUUAUUAUUGUUGUUGUUGUUGUUGUUGGGUGCGCACGUGUAUGUUUGUGUGCGUGUGUAUGUGCGAUAAUAGCUCAUCUCGAAUACAUACUACCGCCCUUUGACCAAAAUGUACGAAGCCAAGUGUUUGGUUAUGGAUUACCAGCAGACCAACUCGGUGCAUCAACAGCAUCUGCAUCAGUUGCACUCGUUCGCACCGGCCGCCGCGGCCGCAGCGGCGGACGCGUCCAAUAGAUGGUCUCAGUAUCAGCAGCUUUGGAGACAGCAUCAGAUGUUUAUAAAUGGAAAGUCCUAUGGUAAAGAUAGUCCAGAGAAGAAAGAUGAAAAUGAGUUACUGUGGUCAAAUGUAGAAGCUCAAGCAGCUUUUUUAGGACCUAAUAUAUGGGAUAGUAAAAAUUUACCUUAUGAAGCUGAUUUAAAAUACUGUGAUUUAGAUGAGUUCCUUUCUGACAAUGGCAUCCCUUUGGAAAGUCAGCCAGCCGUUGGUGGAGCCAUGGUACCAACCCAGCAAGCUAAAUUAGAUACCACAUGUUUAACAUCACCGUGCGCUGUUACGCAAUCUCAAACAAAUGGAACAACUAAUGGCAUUAUUCCUAAAAGAGAACCAAGUCCGAGUCCUAGUGAGCCUUUGAGUCCUCUGGGCAUCAAUCCACCAUCGCCUGCAGAUUCGACGUUAUCGUUCGCAUCGUCAAGCAGAGAUUUCGAUCCACGUUCACGACCAUUCUCCGAUGAAGAAUUAAAACCACAACCCAUGGUAAAAAAAUCAAGGAAACAGUUUGUUCCCGACGGAUUAAAAGAUGAAAAAUAUUGGGCUCGUAGAAGAAAAAACAACAUGGCCGCGAAGAGGUCGAGAGAUGCGAGAAGAAUGAAAGAAAAUCAAAUCGCUCUCCGAGCUGGAUUUUUAGAAAAAGAAAAUAUGGGAUUAAGGCAGGAAAUGGAACGAUUAAAAAGAGAGAAUUUAGCUUUACGAGACAGACUUUCAAAAUUUACUGACGUAUGACCCGGUGUUCAAACUGAAACUUCUUCUACUAUUUAUGAUCGUGUAAAGCACAAAUCGAAAAGAAAGCGAGCAGAGAAACCAAUAAGAUGGCGGUUAAAAAGACCAAAAAAACCGAGCAAAAAGGUAUAAAAUGAACGUGCCUCAGAACCUUCUGUAAAUAUCUACGUACCUAGAGCUUUUAAGAAGAUACCUAACGAACAAAUACGUAGGUCGAUAUAUGUAUAGAUGAUAAUGCUGCCUGCCAACGAAAAAAAACACCAAAAAUUUUCAAAAUCAUUUAAUUUAUAAGCAUCUGUCAAGUGUGUGGCUCGUAUUACCAUUAAAUUAAUACCUAUAAUAUGUAGUAUAAGUACCUUAUAGAUCGUAUUUAUCAAUGUUACCCAGUGUUUUGAUUUUUCAUCGUGAAUGAAUCUCGAUUUUUUCAAUUCGAUGUAAAAAAAAAAGAAACGCUACACACCUUAAGAGGUAUUUAUGCUAUUGAAAUAUUAUGAAAUUUUUAAUGGAUAUAUUGUAAGCAUUAUUUGUGUACAAAUACCUACUCUUUAUUUGUCAGGGUAUCGUUUGUACGUAGGUAUUUUGAAUUUCUCUACCUUCAGAUAUACGUAUAUAACUUAUUAUUUUACGUACUAUAUUAACAUCUUGUAUGUACGACGAUUGUAUCGAUGAAAAAAGAAAAAAAAAUCACGUUCUUUAAUGAUCUCAAAGUAUUACGUAAUUAUUACUAUCUAGAUAAUAUUUACCUGUUAAAUGUGUAUCCGAAUAGUUACCUUUUGUCAAGUUUAAUUAAGACUCGAAUUACUUACAACCUUUUUACAAGUUUAUAAAAAUUUACCAACGCGCGUUUCUCGUAUCACGAUAGGUAUAUAAAUUUCGCGAGAGUUAAGGCUGAUAGAUUAAUAUUCACUACCUACUUUACCAUUACCUAUCAAACUCCUACUACUCGAACUCGUGUAUCUUAUCGAUCAUACCCUAGGCUACUUAUUUAUUAUUCUAUAAACAACCUUAUGCAUCUCAUAUUUUCAACAUCUCAACGUGGAAUGCACAAUCGAGUCUGUUUACCUGAAUUUUCUUCCUCACUAGACUUUCUUUUUGGGUAUUUUUCGAAUGCUUAUGUACUUAAAGUGGUCAGUUCAGUUGAAAUAGGGAUCAGACUAGGUUUUAUUUUUCAUCUUGGGGUGAAUUGAUUGCAUAAAAUAUUCCAGUUGUGAAUUUACCUACUUAAUAACCUACCUAUUUAAGAUAACUAAUCGUGAAUUUUCAAACAGAAUCGAUUUUAUCUUUGAUUAUUAGUUUUUAAAUUUGUUACCAAAAAGAGUGUACAAAUGUUCAUAAAAUAAUUUAAAAAAAAAAAAAAAAAAAACUCAAAUUUUGCUAUCACUUUAAUAUAAUUGAUUUGUUUUCAAAAACUGUCCAAUUGCCUUCAUCAAUACUGCUCAUUAAAAAAAAAAAAAAUAGACCUAUAUAACCAUCGUGAUGCGUAGUUUUCCGAUCAGGGAGUAAGGGGAGGAGAGAAUACCCCGUUUAUUUGUCGUGUAAAGUUGAUACUCCUACGUCUCUAUUAAAUCUUGUUCUCUUCCUUCGACGUCGUUCUUAUUAUGGGUAUGUAAUGUACAAAAACUCUCGUUUGAUUUUUCUUGUGCACUUGUCAAUGAUAUUUUUAUUUUUGUAAAUUGUACUUCGUGUAGUAAUUUUUUGUAUCCUGCCAAAAUUCAUGAUAAUCACAUAUCUGGAUUUGUUUAAUAAUUACCUAUUUCUCAAAAAAAUAGAGUAACGUGUGUAAAUAAGGAACUGUGUUUUUCUGUUGUUGUUUUUCUUUCUUUUUUUUUCUCUUUUUUUUUUGAAUUAUAGGCAUAAUAGAUAUUUUAAAAAAGAAACUUGUAAUUUUCAUUUAUAAAUUUUUAAGAGUACCUACAUUUUUCUUUUUCUUUUUUAAUAUUUGUAUCUAUGUUGUUUUUACAUGUAUUUUUUAAGUUUUGUACUAAAUAAAUAAGUUAGUUACCAAUUUUAAAAAUAUAAAAGCGUAGUAAUGAAUAAAAUUUCUUUCAAGAA